AAAAUGUCUUAUGAGCCUACAGAAAACUUCGAUGCAUUGCUUUCACUGGGCGUGACUGCCGUAACGGCAGAAGCACUCGACUGCCUGAUGCAGGAUGGAUAUGUCGAAGAGUUGAGUGGUCCUAUCCUGGGAAAGUUUGCUGCAAUGGAUGAAGCAGGUGCUCUCGAGUGCAUCGAAAAAAUAAAAUCAACUGGAGCGAAAAAUAUUAGUGACGAUGAUCUCAUGCCGAUUGUUGAUGAAUACGUUGGCGAUGUAGUCGUCAAUGAAGUUACAGCUGAGCAAGAAAAGUCGAGUGCAGAGCCUAUAGCCGUCAAUGGAAGUGUUUCCACCACAUCAAAUGCAGCAACAACAAAUAAGGAGUUCGAUUUCGGAAAAUUCGAUGAAAGUAAAACGGGACCAGACCCUGAGAAACUUAAGCAGAUUUUAGAUAGUACUGGGUACUCGCACGAAAUAACAGAAGGAUUGCGUCGAUACGGGGGACCGCCUCCUGGAAUGUCAAAAGAGAAACCUGGACUCGGUACGGAAGUGUUCGUGAAUCGAAUUCCACGCGAUAUAUUUGAAGACUCUCUUAUUCCGUUAUUUGGUUCGGUUGGGAAGUUGUGGGAGCUGCGAGUAUUGACAACAGAGAAAAAUCAUAACAGAGGGCAUGGUUUUGUUACGUUCUGCAAUAAAGAAGACGCCAAGAAAGCUAUAGAAAAGUUUAAUAAGCUUCAAGUGCGACCUGGCGUUCGAUUGAACGUGGCACUUUCAGUUCAAUUUAAUAAAUUACAUCUGAAAAAUAUCCCUAAGGAAAAAACGAAAGAUCAGAUAAAGGAAAAUCUCUCGAAAAUUGUGGAUAAACUUGAGACCGUCAGCUUCCAAAUUGACAAUGAGGAUGCUGAGGUCAACCUCGGCUUUUGUUUUCUCAAGUUUGACUCGUACUUCGAAGCAUCUAAUGCUCUCAGGAAAUUGAGAAAAGCCGAUACCAAGGCUCUGGGCUGGUCUGAAAAACCGAAAGCUGAUUGGGCAAUUCCAACUGAGAACCCAGAUGAAGAAGCUAUGAAAAAAGCAACCAGUGUCAAAGUAUCAAGCGAUGGAGUGAAAAUAGAUAAAGAAAAGUGGACUGAUGAUUUGAUCAAAGAGAGUUUCAGCGAGUUUGGUGAGAUUGAAAAGAUCGCCAGGGGUGCCAGAAAUGUGCAUGUUCACUACAAGGACCACGAGAGCGCAAUGAAGGCAGUUGCAGCAAAAAAUGGAAAAACCUUGGCAGACCUCAAGAUUACUGUACUGCUUAAUGUUCCUCUAUCUGCAUAUGCUGCGAAGAAGAAAGAAGCGCUCCUCAACAAAGGAAAACUUUCCCGAGGUGGUGGUGGUGGAAGAGGAGGCUUCGCUGGAAAUCAGAUGCGGCGCCAGGGAGUAGACGCGCGACAAUUUAUCAAUAAAAAAUCAACUCUAGCUGGGAGAAUUGGUGGACCGCCCAUGCUUGGAGGUGGUAACAACCAGCCUGCGAGGCCAACUGGCGAUGUGAGGUCACAACUUGGUAAUAAAAGAAAAAUGCAAAUGCAUGCACCACCACCACCACUUAUGCGUCAAAUUCCGCCACCUGCCAGAGGAAUAGAUUUCGACGACGGAAUGUAUAUGUCAUCCAUGCCUCCCCCAAGAGAAUCGAUGGUAAUGGAAGAACUAAUGAUGUUGAGGAGGCGCAAUGAAGAACUCAAUAGAUCAUUGAGCAUGGGCGCGAGUCCUCCGAAAAGAAUGUACAGUGGACCUUCAACGGUUUACGAUUCGGCCUACGCCAUGGCGACCACCCGUGAAUUGAUGCCUCAAGCUGCUCCCCCAGCCAGAAGAGUGCAACCUAUGAGAGAAGCAUUUAUGCGUCCAGUGAAACAGGAACCAUUUUACGAAGACGACUCCUUUAGUCUUUCGCAGUUUGGGGCUCCAAGUCAGCGUUCCGUCCGCGGCAUUGGUGCCAGAUCGAUGCCUAUGACUGGAUCAAUGGGAAUGCAAAGAAGCGUUCCGCCUGCCGCGAUAUCUAGACCCAUGAGACAAAUUGGAGGUGCAAUGUCGUCAAGGCGGGAAAUUUCCUCAUUCGGAGAUAUUUCUAGAGAGUACGGAGGAGGUGGUGGCGGUGGGGAAGGGUUCGAAGGAGGUUUCACAAGAGGCAGAGGAGCUCCACAGAUGAGAAGAGGAGGCAUGGCGCAUUCCCAGAUACCUCCAGCACGAGGAGGAAUGGGUUCCCGAAUUGGAGCUUCUUACACGCGAUUUUGAUUAAAAACCCAGAUGCAAUAAUAGGUUUUUACUCAUUAAAACUAUAUGAAAGUACAAAUUACGAAGAUGCCGAUCUCUCGGGCUUCUUCUUGUGUUGUAGUUGAACUCUCUUUUACUUGCUGUGAUUUUUGACUUGUUCCCAGUUAUAGUCGUCUCAAUUUUGUCUGAAUUAAUUUUUCAAAUUU